GUUCUAAGUGUUCUGCAAUCAUUCCUAGGAACAGGCUAAUAAGAGAACAGAGUGAAAAGCUCCAAACCGAAUCUCUCUCUAUCUACACCCCCCUUUCUCUCUCUAGCUUAGCCCCUCACUAAUUCCUUUACCUCCAAAAUUUUGUCAAAGACCCACUAGGAACAAACAACAAUGGAAGAAAGGAAGUCGAUUCCAGCAGCUGCUGGUGUGGCGAUGAUGAUGAUGAUGGUGAUGAUUUCGCUUACAGGAUCGGCAGCGGCUUACAAGAACUACACGGUGGGGGAUUCUCUGGGUUGGUACGAUCUCUCCGAGAAACCCACCGCCGAUUACCAGAAAUGGGCUGAUUCCCACAAUUUCAGCUUGGGUGAUUUCCUCAUUUUCAACACGAACACCAACCACUCGGUGAUCCAGACGUCCAACCUGACAACCUACCAGCAGUGCGACUACGACGACUCCCUCGAAGCCGACACCACCCAAUGGUCCUCCGGCGACCCUUCCAACACCGCCACCGUCCCCGUCACCGUCGCCGUCCCGCUCCUCCACGAAGGCCCCGCCUUCUUCUUCUCCGGCGACUACGACGGCGACCAGUGCCGCGGCGGGCAGCGGUUCAAGAUCCCCUCCGUCUCCCACGGCCAGGGCCUCCCCGACGGCCUCAAGCCUCCGUCGGAGCAGGCACCCGCGCCCAACAGCGACGACGUCGACAAUGAGGAUUCGGCGCCGGACACCACCGUCCCGGCCGAUUUCAGCCACCCCAAAGGAGGGCCGGGGAGCGGCGGGAGCGACGCGGCCGGCGGCGGCGGUGAUGAUGAUAGUGGUGAUGAUGGUAGCAAGGAGAAGUCGGCCAAGUCGUCGUUGAAGAACUCCGGCGAGCGGUUUGCCGUUUCGCCGUUGAAAUUGGUAGUGAGUGGGAUUUUGGUUAUGUUGGGAGUUGGGUUUUGAUAGUGGGUUGUUAAAGUUGGUCUUACGAUCGACGUCAAUAUAUAUAAUAGCGAAAAUAAGAAUAUUGAUCGCUUCCGAAGCAGCAUGAUAAAAGUCGAAUUCAUUUUUGUCUUUCUUCACUCUUUUUGUUGUUGUUGUUGUUAUUGGCGGUUCUACAGGAGAGAUUGUUGCUAUUCGAUUAUUGUUUUGGGAUGUCUAGAAAAUAAAGAAGAAGAGAUUAUCAUGAUAAUCGUUGUGGGGAAAGUAAUAGGAUUAAUGCUUCCAUAUUUGAAUUUUUGUGGUGCGAGUUUGAUCUCUUUUGUAUCUUUGAGUGUUUAACUUUGUAUGAGUCGCUUCAAUCAUUACCUAUCGCGG